AUGAUGAUUAUUUCUCUAAAUGAUCCUAAAGUUAAACUUCCACAGUAUAGUUCUGCUCGUAUACAUCUUCAGAUUGGAGACGAUUUUAUACAAACUGGCUGGGUUGCAGGUAACAACCAAUGUUAUAACAGCAUGUGCCAAGCUGGGAUCAUAUCUGUCCGAUCUGAUUUACCUCUUGGUUCUGUUCUAGAACCUGUUUGUGUUCGUGGUUCUAGUCCAAGUAUAUCAGUUACGAUUCGCUUAUUCAAGGAUAAGGCAAAUGGUAACUGGUGGCUCGAUUAUGGACAAAAUAUAAUUAGGUUUUGGCCAGCAAGUAGAUUUAAACAAAGCUAUGCAACCAAUGUUGAGUGGGGAGGAGAAGUAUAUAGUGCAAAUAUGCCAAGUCCUCAGAUGGGGAACGGAUAUUUUCCGAGCAAAAAACCACUUGACGAUGCCAUUAUUUUCAAUAUAACUACAAUAGAUGAGAAAUAUAAGAUUGAUGAAUGGGUAAAUAAUACUGAGACAUUUUCAGAUAAUAGCCGUGGUUAUAAAGUGAUUGAGGAUUUACAUUCAGAAUUUCCAGUCGGACAUAUCAUAUAUUUUGGGGGUCCUGGUAAUAUCUAAAAAUAAUUUGAUGUAAAAGUUAGACACAAAUUACUUUUGACAUUUUGUAACCGAUCAUCUAAAUAAAUUUGUCACCGUCCUUGUUUAUUUUACUUUGCAUUCUUCACCUCUUCAAACAGUUCCUCUAAGUUCUCGACAUCAACCUGCACCUCGUUAGCAACAUACAGCCACAUUAAAAGGUUGCCACAGAUUCCCACUAGAUGGCAGGAGAUUAUCACCUAACAUUAUCAACAUUCCCAAAUUCACCUCCUUAAUUAUUUCUAUUUGAACAUGUUCAACGAAAGUCAAUCACAUAUAAGAGAGAGAGAGAGAGAGAAUCAGAGACCAAGAAGGGGAUAGAG